AUGGUUGUCACAAAUGCUGAAUUUUUCAAGGAAUAUAAGAUCUUGAUGGCAUCACCAUAUCAAACAAGUGAACAUUUUUUGGAACUCAAUGCAUCUACUCACUACUGUCACUUUAUUGCCGUCGAUCAUGGCUUCUACAGCUGGUGUCCACCCUCAUUACGUCAUUUUAUUCUAAUAAAAAAAGCAGCUGCUAGUCGUUCGAUGAGUAUUACUCUACAGAACGAAAAGACUCUGUGGUUGAAGGAAGGACUCUCGGGAAUUGCAAAACAGGGAAAGUUGAGGAAUGCAAUAAAGGAAUCUAGAUUCAAAAAAGAAAAAAAACGAUCACUGAUCGAUGAUAUAAUAGGUGCUGAUUGUAUAUAG